CACCCAUGUGAACUCAUGUGAUGCCUAGGCCCUAUCCUAUCAACAGGCCAUAUUAUUUUUUCUAUGCAAUGUGGAGGAAGGAAGUGGCUAUUGUUUCCCUUCUGUUGCAACUGUGCAACUUUGAGGUUGCAUUUUCAUCACGAAAUUGUGAAUAUGAAGUCGGGAAUACAAAGUUCACUGUGGCAGACUGGUCUUGGCUAGUUCCAGAUGGCCAGAUAUUAUACAACAUAUCAUUUUGCCAUGAAGUUUUUAAUUGUGGUGGAGGGAGUAUUUGUAAAAUUGAUGCAGAUGGAUCAAGGACGAGCAUAGGCAAGAAUGCAAAUGCUGUAACAGCUCUUGCAAAUGACCACUCUGGCUUUAGUGUUUCAUUCAAAGGAGGACAGAGAUGUAAUAUGCAGAAUUAUACCACAGAUGUGUAUUUCAUAUGCAGCAAAACACUGGGAAACCUAGAAUUUGUUGGAGUCAAUGGUUGUACAUAUACUUUUGAGUUUUCCACCACCGAUGCUUGUAGACAUGAGAAAAAAGUCAAAGAGAUUCCUUGCACCAUUGUUGACAAGAACAGGAAUCUUAGGGAUUUGUCUCAAUUAAUCAAGGUCAAAGGUGGUCACAAAGUUGCUGCGUCAGAUGUCCCAGAUUUCUACAUUAAUGUCUGCAGAGAAUUAACUGGGGAAGUUGCUGGCAUUCACUGCCCAGUUGGUGCCUCAUCAUGUAUCAGUGGAGAAGAUAAAGGUCACAUUGUACAGUCUUCAUUCCUUGAGAUGGUCAAUGAUUACACAAUCAGUUUGAAGUAUGGAAACGUUUCAAGUGGUUGUUCAACUAGUUUGACAUUUGUUUGCCCAAACAAAGUUUCAAAAAUUGGUGGUCAUGGGCCAAUAUUGCAAUCUACAUUUGGCUGCCACUAUGAGGUGUUGUGGGAAACAGAACACGCAUGCCCUGUUGCUGAGCAGAUUUCAACGACUUGUAGCAUAGUGUCUCGAGAUGGCACGUUUGACCUUAGUGCUCUGAAGCGCCAACCUGGACAUUUUUACAAAGCUCAAUACCUGGAAACAAGUACAAAGAAAAAAUAUUCAUUUUUUUUGAACAUAUGUGGGAAUAUGAAAAAUUUUCCGUGUGAUAACAAUACCGAUGUUGCUGUUUGCCAGACGACGUCUACAUCGGCAGUCAGUGCUGGAAAAGCCAGCUUCAUGAAGCUUCGAUAUGUCGAUGGGCAACUGUUCCUUACAUACCACCACGGUCAGACUUGCCAUAAUGGACUGCGAAGAUCCACCAUUAUCGUGUUUUAUUGUAAUGAAUCGGCAGGUCCUGGUUCUCCAGUUUUCAAUCAAGAGCGUCAUUGCAAUUAUUUCUUCGACUGGCCUACCAACCUUGUUUGCCCAAGAGCAAGAAAAACAGGUGAAACUUGCCGUGUAGUUAACUCGAAAAACAAGGUUUAUGAUUUAACGGAAUUGAAGAAGGUUGCCAAUGAAAGCUGGAGUGCUGUUGAUGCGACCUCGAGCAAUUUCGAUGGAAUUUAUUUGAAUGUGUGUGGAGCUUUAAGGCCUAGCACAGUGACUUCAGACUGUCCAAGUGAUAAUGCCGCUUGCAUCAUUUCUGGAAACUCAAAAAUUGGACUAGGAAAAUUUGAGACUGGCCUUGUGAAUGAUGUGGAAAACUCUGUACAACUUGUAUACACCAAUGGUACAUUCUGCGAUCUAACUAAUAGAAAGAGACGUAAAAGUUUAAUUACCUUUGUAUGCCAUCCUGGACAGCUGUCGACAUCACCAACCUUGAUUAGUAAGAGCCAAGAUGACUGUCAGUAUGAAUUUGUCUGGAAAACUGCGGCGGCUUGUCCACUUGGGCAGGUGAUUGGCGAUGGAUGUCAGGUUGCUGAUCCAACUGCGGGAUAUUCUUUCGAUCUUACGCAAUUGUCCAGAGCAAGGCCUGUAAAGGGGAAAGAUUACUUUGCUGCCAGAGAUAGUGGCAAUGAAUACGAGUAUCAAAUAAAGGUUUGUGAAGGCUCAAGCAAGACGCAGUGCACGAGAGAUGGAAAGAGAAAGAUUGGAGCAUGUCAAUACAAGCCUUCGACUGGAAUGACCCAAGUGACUGGAGAAGCAAAUUCGAAUCUUAUAUACUUUGACGGCUUGCUUAAGCUAAGAUACGUGCAUGGUGAUCAAUGCCAUAAUGGGAAGAUAAGAGAAUCCCAGAUUACUUUCCUCUGCGAUGAGAAGGCCGGAGUUGGUCAUCCACAAUUUGAAAAGGAAAUCACUUGUGGCAUUUAUAACUUUCUCUGGUAUACCAAGUUUGCCUGCCAUUCAAAGAUUGUUGAAUGCAGCGCCACGUCAAACAAAGCCCGUUAUGACUUAUCAAAAUUGUCCACCAAUCACCGCUGGGUAGCAGUUCAUGGAAACAAAAGAUACUACAUCAGCGUUUGUAAACCGCUGUUCCAUAGGCCAGCUGGCUGUUCUGUAACUUCCGCGGUCUGCAGUGUCCAAGUAGAUUCUAAUGGAGUUGAGACUUUUCAGCAGGAUUUAGGCACUAUUAAAGCUUCGCCGGUGGUGGAAUCUAAUGGUGAUCUUGUUAUGACUUACAGAAACGGUAGUUGGUGUGGCAAAAAUAAAACCAUGUCUACAGUAAUUCGUUUUAUUUGUAAAAGUGAUGCUGCGGAGGGAAGCCCUGUGCUAGAUUUGGAUAAUUCGGAUUCGUGCAACAUUGCUUUCAGAUGGGAAACAGAGCAUGCAUGUUCUACUGAGACGUCAAAUACUGGAGGAAAGGGCAGCUGCUCUGUCCAGGAUCCGGUCUCUAAAUACAUUUUCAACUUGACAUCAUUACGAAGAGUGGCCGGAUUCUAUCGUGUCAGGAAUGGUGGAGACACAUUUGUUCUCAAUAUCUGUGGAAAUGUUUCCGGGGCAGGAUGCAACGACCAGUCGUCUGGAGUGCAACCUGCUGCCUGUAAAUUGACCGGCGUUAAGGAUAAUAAUCCGGUCAUUGGUGUCCUCUCACAGCAACUAAAGUACAGUGAAGGGACAAUAACCCUUGACUACAAGGAUGGCGAAAGGCAAGAUAGUGGCUACAAACUCAGCACAAGGAUAACUUUCUUCUGUAACAGAAAAAUUGGUAUUGGCUCACCAACUUUUGAUAAUUUUGCAGACAACGUGUUUUCAUUCAAAUUUGAAACGUCACUCGUUUGUGUCCCAGAUCCAGUUCAGUGCAGAAUUUUCGGACCGGAUAAUGCCCUUUACAAUCUGGAACCGCUAAUUAAAACCAAAGGAUAUUGGACUGCCUUGAAUAAAGAGUCCAGCGGGCAAAAACACCAUUAUUUCAUGAAUGUUUGUAAGCCGAUGGUUAAAAAACCAGCCGCAUGUCCGAGUGGUUCCAUAGCAGCUUGUCAGGUGGAUUACAACUCGGGAAAACAAGUCGGUCAUCGUAUUGGCUACGUUACAAGUCAGCCGAAGGUCAAAAACAAGACCGUACUGAUAAGAUACUCCAACGGAGAGUAUUGUCAUCACAGCAAACAUAAUCGAAGUGUUCAGAUAUUCUUCCACUGCAGCUCUACAGAGGGUUCACCGGUCUUUCUAACGGAGACAAAAGAAUGUGGCUAUAUUUUCAAUUGGCUAACGCCCAGUGCAUGCCCGAGAAUCAACGACGCCGGAUCAAGCUGCAAAGUUGAAGACAAUGUUUUCAAUCAUGUCUUCGAUCUAUCAGAUCUUCCUGAGAAGCAAGUAAUCGUUAACGGUUCAAAGUUCGCACUCCGUCCUUGCGGCAAAACAAAAUGUGGAGAUUUUGGAGCUUGUUUAAUGUCAGGAAAAGCAACAACUAACAUUGGUGAAACAAACAACGUAUUGAAACUAUCAAAUGGAGACCUCGUGGUCGAUUACAAACACGAGACGAUAUCCACGAAAAUACGCUUUGUGUGUCACAAUGGUGAAGAUACUUUGUCACUGACAACUGACAUCAGGGGGCGGAACCUUUUACAGUUGCAAAGGUACGAAUUUGAAUGGAAAACACAAGCAGCGUGCCUGCCGCAUUACAAGAUUGAAUGCAGUCUCUUCGUCAAUGACAAAGCACAAGAUGAAAUGUAUGACCUAUCGCCAUUGUCAAGAUGGGAUACGAACUGGCGGGCUCUGAUUGACACUGACCGAGUAGGCUACCCAGUCGAACGCAAAAUUUAUAUUAACGUAUGCAGGAAUAUAGUCAAGACGAAAAACGACGACACUGCAGGCUGUCCACAUCAAUCCGGAAUCUGCAUGAUCCGAGGAUCGCAAAAAUUGAAUCUUGGAUCCCUCUCUCGAGCACCGUACAAAGAAGGGACGGACAUAGUACUUCAGUACACUGGUGGAGACGUCUGUGCUGGAAAUCAACGCUUCUCGUCAAAGAUUAGGCUAGUUGCCCCUGAUAAUGAUGCAGGUAUUGGCGAGCCUGUAUUAAUAAAUGCUAACGGGUGCUUUCAUGAGUUCACCUGGACGUCAUCUGUGGCCCUGCCGAUUAACAAGCAAAGAAAAGUGUCUGGCUCUAACUGCAUGGUUGUCAACCCAGUCACUGGCAAUGUCAUCGACCUCACCCCUCUUAAGAUGCGACCUGAAGUACAAGUUGAUGACGCCCAAGGAGGCUACUUCAAUAUUCGUGUUUGUGGUGCUUUCCAGGACGAGCAGCUGAGAAGAAAAUGUGGAGCAACCUCAGGGGCUUGCAGGCUGAAAAAGGCGGACCCAGGCUACAAAAUGAAUGCAGGAAACUUCAAUGAGACAGUGUUGUACAAUAAAGUUCUUACACUAAAAUACACGAACGGUGAAAAGUGUGAAAAAUGCAAUUGCAAAAGAGAAGUGUUGAUAACAUUUGUCUGUGCGCCGGAAGAAGGGGAUGGAAGGCCAAUUUUAAUGUCAUCGCUUGAAGAAUGUACGACAGUAUUUAUCUGGAGAACAAAAUACGUUUGUGAAACACAGGUGCAAUGUACUGCCUUUGGAAGUAUAAAAUCAUUCGAUAUCGGGCGACUGGCCAGGAUCAAUUCGAACAUUGAGGUGGUGCCGACUGGUGAAAAUGCAAGAUACUACAUUAAUGUGUGCAGAGGUUUAGCAUUUGAUAAAGAGGCUCCCUGUCCUGUUGGAUCAGCAGCAUGUAGGAUAGUAACGCAGUCUGGAAAACGCCUCGUUGAGAAUCUUGGGGAGGUCCAUUCACCACCACAAAUUACGGAUGAGAAGACAGUCAUGUUACACUACAAAAACGGGGACUUUUGCUCGAUUGAUAAGUUAAAAAAAUGGAGUACACAAAUAGAAUUCAUUUGCAAAUAUGGGGAAAAGGGCCAUCCUGUUUUCAAAGGCUGUGAUAAUUGUAUAUGUACGUUUAGAUGGCUGACUUCGGAAGUUUGCGAUGAAGUUGAAGAAAUCAAUGAAACGAAUUGCACGGUUACUGAUAAAGCUUUAAACCACAAAUUCGAUCUGAGCCCCUUGAGGAAGCCAAAAAAGGAGAGUUACAAGGUCCGAAGUAGCAAAUUCCCAUCAAUUUCUUACCUACUCAAUGUGUGCGGUCAAAGUUUCGUGAAUAAUGAUAACUGCAGUAUGGCCGCUGUUUGCAGACUUGAAACAGCAAAUGGCGUCACUGUCCAUCAGUCUUUAGGAUCGGUUAAAUAUCAGCAACUUCGUUAUGAUGAAACGCUGAAAGUAUUACUUCUGACGUAUAUGCAAGAUAAAAAGGGCGAAAAGACUCCAACGACCCAAGUAACAUUCACAUGCAACGAAGUGAUAGACAAAGGACACCCCAUUCUGAUAACUGACGUUCAAACGACUUCGAUGCGAUUUUUUUCCUUUCAUUGGCAAACGAGUCUGGCUUGCCUGCCUGCCAAUGUACGCACUAUAGUCAAAUUCAUGGGCAAAGAUUUUGAUACAAAGAAAAUUGCAGACAGAGGACACAACUUUUUAACUGAGGAUAAGAGAUACCAAUACAUAGUCAAUAUAUUUGGAGGCAUUAAGAGUGAAACUAGUGGAUGCCCGCACACUGCUGCAGUUUGCAGAGUAUCCAAAACAGCAGAUGCUGUGGAUGUUUUGGCGCUUGCUUCCACACAAGCUCUUUCGUCCAACUCUACAAAUAUCAUAAUUGACUUUUCUGGUGGAGGAGGUCCUUGCCCUAAUUUGAAGUUUCGAAUUGUGAUCAAAUGUGGUGAUGAUACAAUGCUGAAAAUUGUCAACUUUGAUAAAAGACGAUGUUUGUAUUUGUCUUCUUUGACGUCAAAACUAAUUUGCAACGAAAGGAAACAAGUUCCAGCGAUUGUUCCAACUACCAGUCAGAAAUCUGGUCCCAGAAAUCACCUAGCAGUUAUAUCAAUUAUCGUUGUUUCGUGCGUGCUGUUGGUUUUCCUUUUGGUAUAUUUGCGAAGAAAUCCUGAAAAAAGAGCCAAUGCAGCGUCAUGUCUUCGGUACAAUGCUAAGAAGUACAUAUGCUGUAAAGACACUCUAACUCCUGGCUACAAGUACAGAAAGGUCCAAGCUCAUUCAGAGGACAGUGACAUUGAGCAAAGAGAAGGUUUGCUUAUUGAAGAGACAGAGAUCUCUUCUGAACACUUAUAUAAAGAUAAUGAUAGUGAAGAAUCAGAUACCGAGCUGUUGCAGCUUUAAUAAUCACACGUUUAUUAAUUAAUUUAAUGAAUUUAGAUUUCAUAGUUCUAUUGGUAAGAAUCGUAUUGUAAAUUUCCUUUCUAAAAAUAAAUGUGCCAAUAUGCGAAGAUGCUGGUCAUAAGGUAGUCAUCUCAUUAUGAGUAAGAAUAAUUUAUGAAAAAAUCAUCGAAAUAGAA